AUGGGCAACCAGCAAUCAUCACAACAACCUCCGGGAGGCCGUGGAGGCAAGGAUGAACAAGACAAAAAGAAAGAGAAACCCAAGUACGAACCACCUCCACAACCGACGACUAGAAUCGGCCGUAGAAAGCGUAAGCAAGCCGGACCAAAUGCCGCCGCCAAACUUCCUACUAUCUACCCGACCGCGCGGUGCAAGCUACGAUAUCUCCGCAUGCAGAGAGUUCACGACCAUCUGCUGCUAGAAGAGGAAUACGUGGAGAACCAAGAGCGACUCCGCAAGACCAAAGCCGCCCAGACACAAGCUCCCGCCGCAGCCACCGAAGGAGCAGAGCCCCUUGACCGUAACUCCGACGAGCGUAGUAAAGUCGACGACAUGCGCGGCAGUCCUAUGGGUGUGGGUAACUUGGAAGAAUUGAUUGAUGAUGACCAUGCAAUUGUCUCCUCCGCUACCGGUCCUGAAUACUACGUGUCCAUCAUGUCCUUCGUCGACAAGGACCUACUCGAACCCGGCGCUUCGAUUCUCUUGCACCACAAAUCUGUAUCUGUGGUUGGCGUCCUAACAGAUGACGCCGACCCGCUCGUCUCGGUCAUGAAACUCGACAAAGCUCCCACCGAGUCCUACGCCGACAUAGGUGGCCUGGAGCAGCAGAUCCAAGAAGUCCGCGAAGCUGUCGAAUUGCCCCUGCUGCACCCAGAACUUUACGAAGAAAUGGGCAUCAAACCACCAAAGGGUGUAAUCCUCUACGGCGCUCCGGGAACGGGAAAGACAUUACUUGCCAAAGCUGUCGCAAACCAAACGUCCGCUACGUUCCUGCGGAUCGUUGGCUCUGAGCUGAUCCAGAAAUACCUCGGCGAUGGGCCCCGUCUCGUGAGACAGCUCUUCCAAGUUGCAGCUGAAAAUGCCCCUGCGAUUGUUUUCAUCGAUGAAAUCGAUGCGAUCGGCACAAAACGUUACGAAUCUACCUCCGGUGGCGAACGCGAAAUUCAACGUACAAUGUUAGAACUGCUCAACCAACUCGACGGCUUCGACGACCGCGGCGACGUCAAGGUCAUCAUGGCGACCAACAAGAUCGAGACAUUGGACCCAGCCCUGAUCCGCCCUGGCCGAAUUGACCGCAAGAUCCUCUUCGAGAAUCCUGACACCGCGACCAAGAAGAAGAUCUUCACAUUGCACACGAGCAAGAUGAGUCUGGCCGAAGAUGUUGAUCUCGACGAGUUCAUCUCCCAGAAAGACGACUUAAGUGGUGCGGAUAUCAAAGCAAUCUGUAGUGAGGCCGGCUUGAGGGCGCUCCGAGAACGGAGGAUGAGGGUGAAUAUGGCGGAUUUCAGGAGCGCCAGAGAUAGUGUGAUGAAGACGAAGAAUGAGGGUGAGCCGGAAGGCUUGUACUUGUAA